GGCACGGUAACAGCGCCGGUCUUGAUUGGCUGCCUGCCGCGCGUUCGAGGGGGCCUGGAACUUGCGCGCGGCGACUCGGCCGGUAGUGGCGAUGUCCGCCCGGUCCAAGCGGGAGUCUCGAGGUUCCACCCGUGGGAAGCGCGAGUCCGAGUCGCGGGGCAGCUCGGGUCGCGUCAAGCGGGAGCGAGAUCGGGAGCGGGAGACCGAGGCGCCGAACUCGCGGGGCAGCCCAGUGCGUGUGAAGCGGGAGGUGCAGUCGGCCAGCGCUCGGGAGGCCCUCGCGCCCUUCGUCCCCUCGGUGCGGGUGAAGCGGGAGCGUGAGGCGGACGAGGAAUCCGAACCUGAGCGGGAGGUGCGAGCAAAGAAUGGCCGUGUGGAUUCUGAGGACCGGAGGAGCCGCCACUGCCCAUACCUGGAUACCAUUAAUAGGAGUGUGCUGGACUUCGACUUUGAGAAACUGUGUUCCAUCUCUCUCUCGCACAUCAAUGCCUAUGCCUGUCUGGUGUGUGGCAAGUACUUUCAGGGCCGGGGCUUGAAGUCUCAUGCCUACAUUCACAGCGUUCAGUUCAGUCACCAUGUCUUCCUUAACCUCCACACCCUCAAGUUUUACUGCCUUCCAGACAACUAUGAGAUCAUUGAUUCUUCACUGGAGGACAUCACAUAUGUGUUGAAGCCCACUUUCACAAAGCAACAGAUCGCAAACUUGGACAAGCAAGCCAAAUUGUCCCGGGCAUAUGAUGGUACCACUUACCUGCCUGGUAUUGUGGGCCUGAAUAACAUAAAGGCCAACGACUAUGCCAAUGCUGUUCUUCAGGCUCUUUCUAAUGUUCCUCCUCUCCGGAACUAUUUCUUGGAAGAAGACAAUUAUAAGAACAUCAAGCGUCCUCCAGGGGAUAUCAUGUUCUUGUUGGUCCAGCGUUUUGGAGAGCUGAUGAGAAAGCUCUGGAAUCCUCGAAAUUUCAAGGCACAUGUUUCUCCCCAUGAGAUGCUUCAGGCUGUUGUCCUUUGCAGCAAGAAGACUUUUCAAAUCACCAAGCAAGGGGAUGGAGUCGACUUUUUGUCCUGGUUUCUGAAUGCUCUACACUCAGCUCUGGGGGGCACAAAGAAGAAAAAGAAGACUAUUGUGACUGACGUUUUCCAGGGGUCCAUGAGGAUCUUCACUAAAAAGCUUCCUCAUCCUGAUCUGCCAGCAGAAGAAAAAGAGCAGCUGCUCCAUAAUGACGAGUACCAGGAGACAAUGGUGGAGUCCACCUUUAUGUACCUGACGCUGGACCUUCCCACCGCCCCCCUCUACAAAGAUGAGAAGGAGCAGCUCAUUAUCCCCCAGGUGCCACUCUUCAACAUCCUGGCCAAGUUCAAUGGCAUCACUGAGAAGGUAUCCAUUUGCACACCCACCUUGCUGAUACCACUUUGUUUUCCAGUGAUACAGGACAGUUUCCCUAACCUCAGAGCCUUUGUCUCAUCUUCUGACUUUGUUUUCAUUAACACCAGGAAUGUGGAUCUGAGAGAGUAUUUGUCUGAGGAAGUACAAGCCGUACACAAGGACACUACCUACGACCUCAUCGCCAACAUUGUACAUGAUGGCAAGCCCUCCGAGGGCUCCUACCGGAUCCACGUGCUUCAUCAUGGGACAGGCAAAUGGUAUGAAUUGCAAGACCUCCAGGUGACUGACAUCCUUCCCCAGAUGAUCACGCUAUCAGAGGCUUACAUUCAGAUUUGGAAGAGGCGAGACAAUGAUGAAACCAACCAGCAGGGGGCUUGAAUGAGGAGUGUUUGGCUUUGCUCCUGGGGGCCGUGAAUGAGAAUACCGAAGCUGUAACUGAGCACAGGGCAACUGGCACAUUCCUAGGCCAGCCCAGUAUUUAUGGGUUCUGGUUCACACCAGAGCAUCAGAGGGGCCCACUCCUAGCUUUGGCAGGCUAGAACUCUUUUACAGAUGUAUGUAAUUUAUUUCUGAGUAGCUGGGAGUAUCUGAAGGACAAGAUAAUUUCUAAGCAUCAAAGCCUCAGGAUUCUAGGAAUAAACAUGAAGCCAGUAACAUCCCCCUCCAUUGUGGGUAGAUAGUUUUCCUGUGGGUCUCUUCAUUUCCUGAUGUGUUUUUGGAAUGGAUUAAAUAUUUUCCUGUUUUUAAA